AGUGCUGCAUUCCUGCUCACAUUCAGCAGAGUAGAAUAGGUGGGAAGCGAGCCGCCGUUUGGGGGCCGCAACUCGCUCUACUCACUCCCAUCAAUCUACCACUCUGUGUUUCACGAGUUUCUUACCCUGGAAAUAAAUAGAUUCACGCAGUUCAGAUUCUACUACCAUGGCGGAUACAAUUUCGACCCCCGGCCCUGAUGCGUUUGAGGAGAGUUUGGGCCGCCUCUCCAAGAAGGCAGGUGUCAGGGCUACGAUUGUCCUAGACCGAGCCUCGGGUGCAAUUCUGAAGACCAGCGGUCAGGUUUCUUCAAUUCGUAGCUCGAAGACACCAGGAUUGUCCAUGUCGGCGGCUGUUGGGUCUUUUUCAAGUGAAGCGAGCGGCAACAGCGCCAACGAAGACCAGGGCGCUGAGGAACUGGCAUCGAUGGUGUGGAGGUUCGUUGGCACUGCGGGCAGCCUCGUGCAGGAGCUUGACACUGAGGACGAAGUGAAAUUGCUGCGUUUACGGACGAAGAAGCAGGAGUUUGUCAUCGUCCCCGACACCAAAUAUUUGUUGGUAGUGGUCCACGACACCUCUUCCGCAUGAACAAGUGAGGCACCAAGGUUCAUGGAACAGCAGCGGAUGUGGGCUGAAGAGUCUGCCAUAUGUUGGGCAUGGCUUUCUCCCGGCAGUGCUGCUCUGCAGGGCUACUAACUUCUCCUGGGGCCGGCAGCCCAGA